AUGAGCAAAGGUGUCGUGGGUCCCGGCGGGUACCGGCGCGCCUUGUCGCGGGCUGCGUCCUCCGCGGCGAGUACUGUCCGGGCUAACCACGACCACGUCCACCGCCCUGGUGCAGCCCUGGCGGGCCCAGACGACGUCAAGGACCGCCGUCUCGACACGCGCAGUCUCGACCCCAUCCACGACAGCUCGGCGGGCCGCCCUCGCGCGCAGGGCGUGGCGCGCCGGAGGGCGUGCCAGGCGUUCGCCGUCCUCAGCUCGGAGGUGGAGAAGGUGCAGCAGCAGGCGCAGGCGGCUGCCGAGAUGGACGAUAUGGACGGGUUCCAGAGGAUGGCCGACCUCGUCACAAGUACGUCGAGGUCGCCGAGGGCCUGCAGUCGGAGGCCACUACCCCCGCCACGUCGCGCUCCGCCUCGCCCGCGCCGCCCCUGGCCGCGGUGCGGCUGGAGGACCUCCCAGGCGAAGGCUCCGGGGCCAAUUAAUCAGUUGCCCCAGAAGGCGAGCCGGGCGAGAGGAAGAAGAAAAAGAAGAAGAAACACAAGCACCACAAGGAUGCCGACUUCGACGGCGACGACAUGCCGCCUGCGGACGCAGAAGGGUGGGGCAUGCAUGCUCCGCCCGCACCUCAGAGCGCGGGCGGUUGGGAGGACGGCGGCUUCGGGGGCCCCGUCUCGCCAGACGCCGCCGCCGCGGGCUGGUCCGCGGGCGAGGGCGACUUCGGCGGCCAAGGGGGCUUCGGCGGCAGCGGCCCCGCGGAGGGCACGACCCCUACGCCCUCGGGCGCGACCCGCCCGGCUUCGCCGCCGAGCCGGCCGCCUCCCUGCCGGCGGCCUUCGCCGAGCCGGCGGCGGCCUUUCCCGGGCGGCCGCCCUCGCAGGCCGCCGCCGACGCGGAG